AUGGGCCUCGGCUUGUUCGAGGACGCGCGCGCGGGCGCGGCGUCGGGCUUCGGGUCCUUCGGCGACCGCGACGGCCCCGGCGCCGUCACGGAGACGGACGAGUGGCGCAAGCUGUCGCGCCACGCGCGCAAGGUCGAGAAGACGCACCUGCGGAGGCUCCUGGAGAGCGAGCAGCGAGUCGCCGAGAUGUCGCUCGACGCGGCCGACGUCGGCGUCUUCCUGGAUUGGACGCGCCAGAAGGUGGACGACAAGACCAUGCGGCUCCUCUUCAAGCUCGCGCGGCGCAUGGACGUGCCCCGCAAGGUCGAGCAGAUGCGCCGCGGCGAGCGCAUCAACUCGUCGGAGCGCCGCGCCGUGCUGCACACGGCGCUCCGCGCGCCGCGCGGCGCGGCCUCCCAAACCGCGCCGGCGGACAGCGCUUUGGUGCCCGUCGACGAGGCGAUCGCCGCGUCCUGCGACGUGCGGGACCGGCUCUUCGCCUUCGUCGACGACGUGCGCCGGGGCGCCGCGACGUCCGCGGCGGCCGAGCCGUUCGAGAGCGUCGUCGCCGUGGGCAUCGGCGGCUCCUACCUCGGGCCCGAGUUCAUCGUCCAGGCGACGGCGGGCGUGAAGGCGAUGGAAAGCGACGGCCGGGACCUCGAGGUGCGCUUCGUCGCGAACGUCGACCCCGUCGCGUUUACGGCCGCGAAGAAGGGCCUGGACCCGCGGAAAACGCUCGUCAUCGUCGUCUCCAAGAGCUGGUCCACGGCGGAGACGCUGCGAAACGCCGCCAAGGUCAAGGCCUGGGUCCUCGACGCCUUCCCGGACGAGGACGAGGCCGCCGUCGUCAAGGCGCACUUCGUCGCGUGCGCGUCGCGGACGGCGCACGACCGCGUCGCUAGCUGGGGCGUCGACGCGGACGCGCGGCUCUUCGAGUUCUGGAACUGGGUCGGCGGGCGCUACAGCGCGAGCUCGUCGGCGGGGCUCCUGCCCCUCGCGCUCGCGCGCGGCACGCGAUGGACGAGCACUUCUACUCGAAGCCGCUCGAGGAGAACGCGCCCGCGGUCAUGGCGCUCCUGGGCAUCUGGAACGUGAACUUUUUGGGUCUGGGCGCGCGGGCCGUCGUGCCCUACUCGGAGGCGCUCGCGCGCUUCGCCGCGCACGUCCAGCAGCUCGAGAUGGAGAGCCACGGCAAGUCCGUGACCAUCGACGGGCGGCCCCUGGAUUUCACGACGGGCGAGAUCGUCAUCGGCGAGCCGGGCACGAACGCGCAGCACUCCUUCUUCCAGCUCCUCCACCAGGGCCAGGCCGUGCCGACGGACUUCAUCGGCUUCGCGCACGACGAGCUCAUGGCCAACUUCUUCGCCCAGCCCGACGCCUUGGCUGUUGGCCGGGCCUUCAACGACGUGCUGGUGGACGCGACCUUCGGCGACGGCGACGUCGACAACUGCCCGCACCGCACGCUGAGCGGCGACCGGCCGUCGCUGACGCUCCUCCUCGACAAGCUCGACCCCUACCACGUCGGCGUGCUUUUGGCCCUCUACGAGCACCGCUGCGCGGUCCAGGGCUUCGUCUGGGACAUCAACUCCUUCGACCAGUGGGGCGUCGAGCUCGGCAAGGACCUCGCGAACGACGUACCCGUCGACGGCGAACCUCCUCGCGCGGUACAAGGCCGCGCG